AACAAAUCUGGGUCAAUAUAUAGUACAGUGAAGCAGCACACACAACAUGGUUGUGCAGACCUACACAACUCUGCAACUCUGAAGAAUCCUUUUGUCUUGAAAUGUAGUUUUUGUCAGAUUUUGGUUGGACCACGUCUUCAUUUCAGAGACCCGGGGUGGCAGAAGACAAAACUGGACAAGGUGUUUGAAGAAGUGACGGACUGUGGGGAUCUCCAAGAUCAGCCGAAGAGCGACUGGAGUCUUUGUAUUUCACCAGUGGUAAUAACCAUCUCUUCUCCAGCGAGAUGAAAAGCAACUCUAAGCAGCCGGAGGACAGCUCACUUUCAUACUGCAGCACCUGGAUGGACACAGAACCUGCAACGUUGAAGAGUUGUAACGGUCACUCGUUUGCCAUGGAUGCAAGGGUCAGACUGGAUCAUUUGAAGUCAGGGUGUAAUCCACCCCCACCUGGCUGCGUCACGGACGGAACAUUGAACAACUACAACAGUCAGAAAAACGCUUCGGACGAUGAGCCGAAAGAAGAGGAGUCUGCUUUGGACUCGGUGGAGCUCCUUGAUGUAGAGGAUGGCGAGCAGGAUGAAGAGAGGUGGUUAUACGAGUCUCCAAAGAAGCAGGCGACUGAGGAGCAAUCUGAGUCGGCUCUCACAUGGUGUCGACAUGUCCUGGAUAACCCCGGUCCUGAGGUGGAGGCGGCGUGUCGUCAGCUGAUGAACAGGCUGGAUGGAAGACCGAGCAGUCACCUCUACAGACGUCCUGCAGUUUGUCAUCGCACUGGGGGGAAAUCUUCAGAUAACAAGGAGCUGAGCAUCUCCAACAACUCCAUUAACACAAGCUACAGACUGGAGGACAUCACAGACGUCCGCAUAAUGGCUCAGAUACAGGAGGCCAGUUUACGACAAGAAUAUGUUUCUGCGCCUCGGAGAAGCCCUGAGUCCCCUUUUUAUUUUAACACCGCUGUAGAAAACACUGAGGACUUCACUCCAGGGAACACAAGCGAGUCGUCAUCUCCCUCUCGCUGGUCGCCUCGUCUGUUGUCCCAGAGCUCUCCCUCUAGCCAGUCACCAUCAUCAGCUGCCAGGCAGAGUCCCAAACUGGCCGGACUUCAGCAGCAGGUCACCCAGUUCAAGCUGCUUAAACUGUCGCAGAAUCAAGCAGUAUCAGCACGUAGGACCGGGUCGCCGGUCCGGACCAGCCUCCGCUCCCUCCAGGCUGUCAGGAACAGUCGGAGUUUGGAAACCGAUGAAUACGUCCCUGCUCAUCAAACUGCCCCCACUGCUUCAGGUGCAUCAUCUGCCAGAAUGGGGUCCAGCAGCCGGUCUCCAUCACUUUCUGCAGCAUCCGUGAACCCCAGCUCAGCGAGAGACCACUUGGUCCGGAUAGCGGCCAUGAAGAGGCCGCAGAGGUCUCAGUCGCUCAGCCCCAGCAGGAUCGCUCAGUCUGCUAAAGUAUACCUGUCUCGUCACGGGCGCGUCUUUGCGUCUCCCGAGAGGUCGACCCCUCCGGUUUGGGCCAGAUAUGCACCACAUGCUCAACAGUGAAAGACAUCAAGAUGUUCAUGGGAUAUUUUACCAAUAGGUAAUUUACUUCUAUAGUUAAGCCUGCAGAAAAAUAUAUUAAUCCUUGCUCUUAGAUAAUGUCUGUACUGCAUCCGUGUUUCCAGUUUCCAUUACAUAGGUUGGAUUUCUUUCAAGAGGGUGUCUCUGGAUUGAUUACAUUAAUUUAUCAAAAAACCUAAAUGUGUAUUGUAAAUAAAUAGCUGUUGAAGCACGUGUAUAGUCUUUCUCUGCAGAUGAAACUAAUCUGAGAUGCACUUGAAAUAAUUAAAGUGAAGAAUAAUUUUAAUAAAAUGAG